CGAGACAGUCGUUUAAAAACAGAAUUCGGCCAACUGUAAAAGAUAUUCAGCUUAGCGACGAAGAGAAAAAGGAUCCAAGAGUGUUUGAAGUCGAAUUGCUCUUCGGAGUACCAAAUCCUGUUUUGUAUCCAGGUCUGGAAUUUGUUGAUCUUCCUGGUUGGGGUGAGAAAUCAGCGCUUAACGAAGCCAUUAAUGUAGCGGUAACGAGAAUAACACAUCCUGCAUUGCUGCCUGUUUACGUUUUAGACGGAAAUCUCACUGUCACAAAAGAGGAUCGUAAACUCAUAGAAAUUCUCACAAACAAAAUGGGCAACAGGAGGCUGAUGUUCGUGUGCAACAAAAUAGAUCACGAAGAAGAAAAUUUGAGGCGGGACCACGGUGACGGCGAGUUGCAAGUUUCCGGCGACGGAUCGGCAGUUUAUGUUCAUGGAGAUUGUAAAAAAGUCCUUCUAAACAAGGCUCAAGCAACGUUUGACGGUCUAAUGACAUAUGGGUUUGUAUCAGACACAGGUACCGAUCGGAACGCAUCCAGUUUUCAUCCGGUAUCUGUCAAAAUGUUAAAAGCCAGUAGACUUGGCAAAGAUGUUUACCAGGCUGAGUAUUACAAAGAGCAAUUUGAUAACUUUACAAAACACCUAAACCUCAAAUUAGAAAAGAUCCUGGUGCACCAUGUUCUUAGUACGAUUAGAAAGGCAAACGCAGUCGUAGCUCGCUUUGCCGAAGGAACAAUCAGCACACGGUCUGCUUCUUCGAAUGUUUCAAUGCUUGAAAUUCUGCAAAAAGCAGAAGAAGCUGAAAAAAAGGGCUACACCGACUGUCUCGAGUUCUUGUCCCAAGAACGUAAAUCAAUUGAAGUUGCCGUUCACGAUGCGUGCAAAGCAACAAAUCCAAGAAUUCUUAGAAACGCUAAGAUAAUAACUGCCGAAGACUUUAACUUUGAAAAUGAAGACGAAACCGUUCCCGCUGUCGCGUUCAUAGAUACUAUUGCCAACAUGACGAUGCGCAUCUUGAACCAAGAAAUCACGAAAAGAAUAGAAGAAGUAAAGGAGAAAUAUGUCAAGAGUUUUGAACUCCUUUUCCAAGUCGCAAUGGGAAGCUUUAACGUUAUGAUCUGCGACAUUUGGCGCUGUAUGUUUCAGUCCGAUCACCCCAAUUUGUUCAGUAUAGCUGAAAGCACUAAAGAAAGCGGCAAAGCGUAUGAAGCAGGGCUCGAUCUCUUUUGUCUUAUUCCUGAAGCGGUCAAUAUGUCGCUGAGACAGACGUUUAAUGACGUCACCACCGGUGUUCCUAAGCUCUUUAAAGCUUUGACAAAAACUUUGGUGGGGCUAGUAGACCUCGACGAGAAAUGGAAAGAGUCGAUUGCACAAGAAAUAUUGUCUAUACUAGACGUGACACAGUUGGCAACAAGGAUUGUAGAUAACUGCAAGAGGAAAUUAGACGAAAAACAUCGAAACUAUGUUCAAUCUCAUGAGCAAAUAAUUGAAUUACAUAAGGCGAAAUUGAGAAGUCAGGAUGAUAUUCUUUACUUUCGCACAGAAUUUACUCCAAAAAUCUCCUUACUUCUACUACGGCUUUACGCGAUGCAGUGCUGUUUUGAAACAGGAGAACCAGAACGAGGAGAAAUGAUAGGAGAAGGAAGGCACAGCUCGACAUUUGCGUAUUCUUCGUGCAACGGUGUAGACAAACACGAUAGCCUGGUAAUAAAGGUAUUCAAUGCACCGUUGCAAAAGGCGUGUGAACAUGUGGCGCAACCAUUCUACGCAUUGAGAACUCUACAAGGAAAUGACCAAAUCUACAAAUGUGUUGUAAAAGUGGAAGGUGUUUUCAUCAGUCCAUUAGAUACUAAAGAUGAAACACAACGACUAGUCCAAUUAAUGGAAAAGAGGGCAAUGACGCUGCCAGAAGCUCUUAGAUCAGGUCUAAGCAGUUACGAGAAGAAGCUGAUCGCACUUGACGUCUGUCAAUGUCUGUCAUUUUUGCAUUCGGAGAGCAUCGUACUCCGCAACUUGGUGAUAAACGAUUUCUCACUCGACAAAGAAAAGCGAGCAAAAUUAGAUAUGCUGAAACUCAGAGAGUCUCUUUUUGACGACUCUUGGCUUAAGUGCCCCGCAUUUCAUCAAGCACCAGAAGUGUUUCGUAAUGAAAGCGCCAUAGAUGUUAGCAGUAAUGUCUACUCAUUUGGUAUUCUUCUCUGGGAGAUAUUCAAUGAAAGCUUGCAACCGCCAGCAUGUUAUGCUGAAUGCCACACCAAAGACGAAAUGCAGAAGAAAGUGUGCGACGACGGUCUGCGACCUGAAAAAGCCGCUAGCGUCGAAGAUGAGUGGUACGCUAUCAUGCAAGACUGCUGGAAAAUGCCAGAAGAUCGACCGUCUGUAAAACAGCUGAUGUCAAGAAUCCAAGAUCUUGCAAAACAAGUAGUAGGAUACUCUACCGACUUAGAUUGAAGACCUUCGUAUUGUAGUUUGCGUGUAAAUUGUUAUCCGAAGUAUCGCCGAGCACGUAUGCGUAUCUGAUCGAUUUGAAAUCCAAAUUUGAAUGUUUGUAGUUCAAUAAUUAUAAGUAUUGAUGAUUGGUUAUUUCAAAAUUGGCUACUAACGACCUGCAAGUGUAUAUGUUUGGAUCUAGCCAAAGGCCCACAAGUUUAAUUAAUUAAGUGCAG